AUAUACAUUUAUAAGUUAUAUAAAUGGUGACUUAAUUAUAUACAGAGCAGAUACACAAAAAAUGGUGGAGCGGAAGUUUCUAGUUCGCCACAAUAGCUCAGACUUCGCUGUCGACUACGACACUGACGACGGCUUUGAAGUUUUCAAAUUCCAGCUUUACUCCCUCACUCUUCUCCCACCUGAAGACCAAAAGAUUAUCGGAAUUGAUGAUGAUCACAUGGUCUCCAACGAUUCCGAUCUCGUUACCGUUUCGGAGAAACUCCGAUUGGUUUCGAUAAUUGAGGAUCACAAAGAAGAAGAGAAUGGAGAAUCAAGUACUGGAAAUGAAACUGAUUUCCUUAAAUCCGAUGAGGAAUUGGCUCGAAAGUUGCAGGCGGAGGACGAGGCACUUUUGUUGUAUGUUGUGGCUGAAAAUAACGAAAUUUUUGAGCAAAGAGGUCGGCCUUAUAUCGAGCAAGUUCGCCUGUACGAGGACCCAAUGCGCCAGGAGGUUGCUCGACAAUCAGUCCCUAUAGAUGAGCUCCAGGAGAAAGCGUUGGUUUCUUUGGCAAAGGAGGGUGAAUUUAAUCCGUCUAAAGCAGAAAAAGAUCACGCUUUCCUGCUCGAGCUUCUUUUCUGGUUCAAGCGAUCCUUCAGUUGGGUUAAUGCACCUCCUUGCGAUAGUUGUGGCAAGGAAACCAUAAGCCAAGGUAUGGCUGCUGCACUUCCUUCUGAACUUCGUUAUGGAGGUUCUCGAGUUGAAAUUUAUAGAUGCAAAUUUUGUUCAAUGAUCACCCGCUUCCCACGCUACAAUGAUCCAUUGAAGCUUAUAGAAACAAGAAGGGGACGUUGUGGGGAGUGGGCCAAUUGCUUCACAUUUUAUUGUCGAGCUUUUGGAUAUGAAUCCCGUUUGAUUUUGGAUUUCACUGAUCAUGUUUGGACAGAGUGCUUUUCACCAUUUUUUGGGAGAUGGAUGCAUCUUGACCCUUGUGAAGGAGUGUACGACAAACCAUUGUUAUAUGAGAAUGGGUGGAACAAGAAAUUAAAUUAUGUAAUUGCCAUUGCAAAAGACGGUUUAUGUGAUGUCACCAAACGUUACACAAGGAAGUGGCAUGAGGUUCUAACUCGACGAAUUAUUACCACGGAGUCUGGAUUGACAAGUGUCCUCAAUAAGAUAACAACAGAAUGUCGAAGUGGUUUUUCAUCUGAAGUUAUCUCUGCACUUAAAGACCGUGAUGAGAAGGAAAGACAAACACUUGAAAGAGAUUUAUAUUCUACAAAUAAUGCCUCAAUCUCAUUACCUGGAAGACUAAGUGGUGAUAAGGAAUGGCGGAAGUUGAGAUCAGAAAUUGGUUCUGAUUCCUUGAGUUGCUUUUGUUGUCCAGUUCGAAUAUGCGUAGAUGAGCAUGUGACUAGAGUUUAUGAUGCAUUUCUUCCACUCUUUUCUUAUUUUGUUAAGGAAGAACUUCCUCAGUCAGUAGUUCUUGAACUGCUUGGCUUUGUUAAAGACAUUAUCAAAGAUCUCCAAAAAUCUCCUUUUAGAACUAGGAAUGUCUCGCUACAUUUGAAUAGUAGCCAAUCAUUUGUGCGUCAAGCACUGCCAUUUUUGAAUGAGUUACUUAAUGCUCUCUCACUUGAAAAGGUUGACACAGAUGGGAAUGUGGAUAUUUGUUUAGCCGACAAUCCUGUUAAAACCUCUCUAGCUCUUCUUGUAGCCUUGGAUGCUUUCGAUUACACCAUACAUAAUCUCAAGAAUUGUGAAAAGUUGAGUAAAGCUUCUCUCGCAUUGCCUCUGUUGAAAUUAAGUAGAAUACAUUCUGGUUCAGUUCUCGCGAGUGGUGAAGAACUUCCCUUCGGAAUUGCCACUUCUGCAUUUGAUGGAAUGCGAACAACUAAAUGGGAAGAAUCAAAUGGUGCUCGAGGUUGUUGGCUUGUAUAUAAGGUGUCAGACAACCUAAUGCACAAACUUGUGGCCUAUGAGUUAAUGUCAGCCAAUGAUGCACCAGAAAGGGAUCCAAUGGAUUGGGUUCUUGAGGGAAGUGAUGAUGGAGGGUCCAAUUGGCAUCUAUUGGAUAAACAAACUUCACAAAUUUUCACUGAGCGAUUCCAGCGUCGGACAUACAAGAUUGCAUCUCCGGGUCCACAGUUAAAUGCGUUCAGGUUUAGAUUCCUGGCAGUUAGAGACUCUCAUUCAAAUUCACGGCUGCAGAUUGGUAGCAUUGACCUCUAUUCGAGAGGCGAUUGAUGGGAAUUACACUCUUAAAUUAAAAAAGAUAAAAGCACACACGACACACCUCUCUAUGUUAUUGAUCAUGCAAAUAGUGGCUUUAGUGUUCAUUGGUAAUAAGUUCAAGGCCUACGGACAAAUCUAGUUGAAAUAAUUUUAGUUUAUUUUUUUUUUCAAACAUGAAUAUCUAUGUAUAGCAAAAACAAAACAAAACAAAAAAAAAAAUGAUUGUGUUCCUUAAAAUAUAGCUAAGUUUCUGUCGAUAAAAAAGGACAGUUGACAAAUAUCA